CUACUAGGUGUCUUCAAUCAUGAAAGCUCCACGGUGUUCAUUUGUUAUAUUAGUGAUUUUUGCAUGUUUAUUUAUGUAUAUUUAUCACACAUUUAGUGUCGCACAAUCAAGGAAUAAAGGAAUGAAUGAUGAAUGCCAAACAAAUCAAAAGAACAACAUUUCUCAAAAUUUUGGAUUUGAUCAAAUGAACGUUACAGAGAAUCUUAAAUAUAAAGUACCUAAUAUUGUGCACUAUACAUGGUAUACAAAAAAACCGAUAGAGUGGACAUUUUUGCAAUAUCUUAGUGUAUUGAGCGCAUCAAAGUUCAUAAAGCCAUCAAGGAUUAUGUUUCACACAAACUGCACUCCAAUUGGACAUUACUGGAAUCGAACAACUCAGAUUCCAAAUCUUGAAAUUAUUCAACGAAGUCCCCCAAUUAAAAUAUUUGGUAAGAAAGUCCUCUUUUUUUAUGAGACCUCGGCAACUAAUAUUGACAGACUUCUAAUACUGAACAGAAAUGGAGGUAUAUGUUUAGACACGGAUGUGAUAGCUUUAAAAUCAUUUGAUCCACUUCGUGUUUACCCAUUUACAAUGGGUUCUGAAAGCAUAACAAAAUGGGUUCUAUUAAGUGGAGGCAUCAUCCUAUCAGAGCCUGGCUCAACAUUUUUGAAAAUAUGGAUAAACAAUUACGUAGAUGACCAGAGCUCACAAUGGGCGUACAAUUCCGGAAAAAUGCCAACCAAAAUUGCAGCACGCUUUCCAGAAGAUAUUCAUAUUGAAAUGACAUCACUACACCGGCCAUCACACAAGGAACUCGAUCAGAUAUUUG